GCAGCAUUUGCUAUUUAUUUUGAAAUUAUUCAAUAGUGGUUAGAUUGUAGUUGAUGCCAUAAGUUUGUAAUACCUAUAUGAAGGACUAAUAUGAGGUGAGCAGUAAUUCUUGCUUAUAGAGGACAACUUACGUUUAAAAAAAUGAUUUGCGGUAAACGUCUCGCAACUAUUUGUGCAAUAGCAAUUUUUUGUGACAUCGGAUUGAUUCUUUACUUUAUAAAAUACUAUGGUAAUCAAAAGUGCUUCGUUACAAUUGACGAACAUCAAGAAAUCGAAACCAUUCUACCGGACAACUUUUUAAGUAUCGGCAUCGAUGCCUCUGAACUACAAGAUUAUCAUAGGGUAGAUUUUACUAAACUUCGUUUCCGAGAACUUGCUGCAGCAUUAAAGCCUGCACAUUUAAGAAUAGGAGGUACAAUGUCUGAUCGACUCAUUUUCAGUCCGAAAGAUAAUCCUCACUUCUCUUGCCAUGAAUGUGCGUCUAAUAUUUCAAAAGCCGAAUGCCAUGCAGUAAAAAAAAUGUGUAAACAUAAAGAGCUACCGUUUUUUGUUUUAACCGGAAAAAAGUGGUCAGAAAUAAAUGAAUUCUGCAAUGCUACAGGAAUUAAGCCUUUGUUUGCUCUUAAUUUAUUGUUGCGUGAUAAUCACGAAUGGAAUAGUGACAAUGCUGUUGAGAUGUUCGAAUAUUCAAGGCAUAGAGGCUACAAAGUAGACUGGCAGCUUGGUAAUGAGCCAAACUCUCUACACCAUAUAUUUCAUGUCACUGUAACUCCAAAGAUGUUAGCUCAUGAUUUCAAAAAAUUAAGGCAUGUUUUAGACCACCAUGGCUACAACAACUCACUACUUGUGGGUCCAGAUACAACAAGACCACAGCCAAACUGUCAUAAUUGCCUACAGUACAUGAUUGACUUUCUUGGUAAUGGAUCCAAUGUUAUAAAUGUAAGAUCAUGGCAUCAAUAUUAUUUAAAUAGUAGAACAGCUAAACUUGAAGAUUUCUGGGAUCCAAAAAUCUUUAAUUUACUCAGUGAUCAGAUAAUAACUAUGAAAAAUAAUACAAAGAAUUACAAUGACAUACCAAUGUGGAUAACUGAGACUAGUAGCUCAUAUGGUGGAGGUGCUCCGGGAUUAUCAAACUCUUACGCUGGGAGUCCAUUAUGGCUUGAUAAAUUGGGUCUAUGCGCUAAACACAAUAUAACAACUGUAGUAAGACAAAGUUUCUUUGGAGGUAAUUACAGUUUGGUGGAUAAUAAUUUGGAGCCAUUACCAGAUUGGUGGGUUAGUGUAUUAUAUAAAAAACUUGUAGGCAAUAAAGUGUUACAUCUCAAUUGUAAUUGUUCACCUAUGCAGAGAAUGUAUGUUCAUUGUACAAACAGAAAAUAUACAAAUGAUACAACAGCUAUAACUAUAUAUGCUAUUAAUUUGGAAAUGGGUAAAGCCAGGUUUUUUUUGAACGGUACAGCUAUACAAGGCAAGGAUUUAAAUAUAGAUGAAUUUAUAAUAAGUGCUCCUUCGAAUAAUAGAAAAACUAAAACGGUACUACUUAAUGGCUGGCCAUUAUAUUAUGAAAACUCAAUGCCUGAUUUAGUGCCUCAUCAUAUAAGAUAUGGUAAUGUUAUAUCAAUGCCACCAUAUUCUAUAGGUUUCUGGGUUGUCAAAAAUACUUUGAUAAAGAAUUGCAAUUAGGAAUUACAUUAGAAAAAGAACAUCAAACAUUGAAUCUUAUUAGUUUUCUUAUGG